GAUAUUCCUCUCAAAUAUUGACUUCGCGAUUGUGCUUGGUGUCGCGAGCAAGUCGCGCAAUAGCUGGUAAUGUCCUUUUAAAAAAAAUCCGAGAUUUCGCGAGGGUGAUAAAGCAAGAGGGACAACGAACAAAUCGGUCGGAGGAUCGAGACAAUAUAAUAUUCCAUUUAGGAAUAUAUUCUCGAAAUAAACGAUGAUUAUUGCACCGAGUGUUGUGUUUUUUGGGCUGACCCUACUAAGUGUCUCCCACGCUAGCAUCGAGUCAACACCGAGUUCCUUCAACGAUCAUGGAGUUCCGCGAUUGGAUCUUGAAAGUCUCGAGAGCGGUUAUCACGGCCUGGUCAAGGAGAAUGAAACUCUCGUUGAGGUGACUCCACAGAUAAGAGCAUUAGGAGUUAAAGUUUGCUCUUUUCGUAUUGCGAAUAAACACCAUGGCGAGGCACCUUUCGAAAUUGUAUUAAAAGAGAAGGGAAUGGCCGAAUUAAGAGCCCUUCGGGUUUUAAAUUGUGAAAAACGACGUAAUUACAAAUUUGACAUCGCAGCUGUUGGCUGUAACGGUGGACAAUCUGAGAAUGCAACGGUUCAUAUCACAGUGGUAGAUGUUAACGAAUACGCGCCACAAUUUCUGCAACCAGCUUACGUUAGCACUGUAGAUGAAGGACGACUUUACGAGGAGGUCGUACGCGUCGAAGCGUCCGACAGAGAUUGCACUCCGAAAUUCGGGGACAUAUGCAAAUACGAGAUUCUAACAGCGGACCAGCCGUUCAUUAUUGACAAUGAAGGUGCUAUACGUAACACAGAGCCAUUGGAUUACGAGCGUUCCCACAAUUACAUUCUGAGCGUGGUAGCCUAUGAUUGUGGAAUGAAACAAUCAGCACCAGCCAUGGUGACCAUUAAGGUAAAUCGAGUAUGCACACCAGGCUGGAGAGGUAUUCCAGAGAGAGUGGACUAUGCUGCUGGUUCAGGAUCUCAACCACUCUUACCAUCUGCUAAAUUGGACCUCUGUGAUGCACCGUGCAUAUUGCGUAACAUUCGAGCUACUUUGAAUCUCGUGACCGAUCACAUUGGAAAGGGUUGCGAUCGCGAUACUUAUACCGUACGGAGUCAACGAAAACUUUGCGGUGCAUCUCACGAUAGCGUAGAUCUUUUACCAACACCAGGACCAGCUACAUCAUGGACCGCUUCUUUGUCCCGCGACGAGGGCAGGGAUGCCGACGAAAUUUUCGAAUUCGACGGAGUCGAUUCAGCCGCAAUAAUACCGAAUAAUGUACUCGAGCAUUCUCUGGCACAAAAGUUCACUAUCAGUGCAUGGGUUAAACAUCGUCCAAGGUUAAGGCAAGAUCCUCACGUUAAGGAACAUAUUCUUUGUGCCGCUGACGAUCAUAAGAUGAACAGGCAUCAUUACGCUUUGUUCAUAAGAAAUUGUAGACUGAUCUUGUUACUACGACGAGACUUCUCUGAAGGCGAUCCAAACAUCUUCCGUCCAGCUGAGUGGCGUUGGAAGCUCGGUCAAGUAUGCGACGAUAAGUGGCAUCAUUAUGCCAUACAAGUCGACUUCCCACGCGUAAGUCUUUUUGUCGAUGGCGAGGAAUGGCGUACGGAUGAGAAGAACCCUGAGGUUAUCGACGAUUGGCCGUUACAUCCCGCGAAAGGCGUCAACACGAUGCUCGUUGUUGGAGCUUGUUGGCAGGGCUCGGAUAAUAGAACGAAACAUCAUUUUCGUGGUUAUCUCGCCGGGCUAUCGGUUCUCGUAGGUCGUAAUGAAAAGCCUGACGUAUUAUCCUGUUUGAGGCGUUGUCAAGAGGGUUUACACGUACCGUCCAUGGACCUACUUCAACCAGGUACACAGUUGCUUACCAAUUCCGAUUUAACGGAGGUACGCAUAGACGGCGAUAAUCGUACGAACGUCGAGACUCUCCUUCGUCGUAUAGGAUAUUCUAACACACGACGCUUUCCAACUCCCGGUCGUCGAAAUUUCCGUCUCGAUACUGCCGUCGUUUGCGCAGGUAGCGAAAAUUCCGAACUGCCAGUACUUAUCGUGCAAUCUUACGUGACCGUUUUACCACCACCUCGACCUGGAAUAAGCGUUAACGGUACCGGUUACGUAGCUAGGGAAUACGCUGACUUUCGUUUGGGCGUUCGCGUUUUCCCCGAUGCUCGUGUUACCGCUGGUUCCGCAGCGAGAUUGGAUGCAUGCGCCGUCAGCGUUUAUCCCAGUUUAAAUCCCGACCACGAGAGCUUAGGUUUACCAGGCGAUGCUCUUCGUAGAUUCCAUUCCAUAAGCGCACGCGUAGAUCGUGACGGCGUUGUUCUUUCCGGUGCUGACACACCUUACAAUUAUCAACAAUUGAUUCGACUGAUCAUGUAUACGAAUCGUAAGCCAGCUUAUUAUCUCGAUCGCGUAUUCAAACUUACUUGUUCCGAAUUGAGCGGUCGUUUCGCUAGUAACGAAUACGUCCAAACACUAGCCGUGAUCCAUCCGAAAGAAAAAACAACAGUAUUGCCGCACAGUAGCUCGGGCGAACCGCCAAUGGCCCGAAUUGUUGAGCCUCUUCCCGGGCACAUGCAAGAAUCCCCUCAUCACGCCGAAAUACCGGAAGGUUACGCGACCAGCGUAAUCCGCGAAGGUAGAAGAACGAUGGGUGGGGGUGGUGGAGGUAGUCACGCAGUUACGAUCGUUGCUGCUGCCUGCAUCGGUUUCUUGCUAUUAAUGGCCGUCGUUGGGGCGGCUAGAGUUCGAGGUGCCGCGAAAAGGCGACGAUCGGCUGGCGACGAAUUGGCAGCCGAAACAGAAAUGGCCUGGGACGAUUCGGCUCUUGCCAUAACGGUCAACCCGAUGGAUAGGCUGACCGAGCACGAAUCUCAUCAGAGCCAUAGAGACGAGGACGUUGACGAUUCCGGAAGUUCCGAUUCCGAUGAUGGUUCCUUCAGAGACGAGGACAUCGACAGCUCUGAUUGUGACAAUGAUUGCGAACUUAACAACGGCCGACACCGUCGUCACAAUUCGCCUCACGAUUUGGAGUGGGAUCAUCGUGACGUUUAAAUUACUAUUAAUCCCUCCUCUUAACUUUCGUCAUCAUCUUUAUUCUUCAAGAUGGUAUCGUUAGACGAGUACCGACUGUCCGAAGGAACGCCAAAAUUUCCUAUAUCUUUGAAAACCCCUCCAUUCCUCGAUGAACCAUCUAUGACGCUAUACGCGAUGCUUAUGACGUUGCCUAAAUCUUGACGUUUAAUUUAAGACGACGAUUACGAAGAAUUAAAUAACAAAACGUUGUUAUUAUCUUUCAAGUAACUUUCAAGGAAGUACAUUUUUUGUGCAUUACCUACUUACUUAGAAACUAACUAAAUAACUAGGAACUUAUAUACGUCAACGAUAUAGACUGCGGUUAUAGGCUCGCGAACUUUUGCGAUUUGAUAAAAGCGUCACAUUGUAUCCGUCCCCGUAGUUGGCAUAAUCGAUCCAUUGCAAGGCAAUGACACACGGCAGUCAGUUAGUACUCUUCUUACGUACCAACGGAAAUUGUAAGAGUGCGGGACGCUUUAUCGAAUAGUUAAAACUCUUUCUACCUAUACACAAUACGUCGAGCUGAUGUAUUUUUCUUGGUAGAUAAUUAUUUACACGGGCACGCAAGAGAUACUUAACAAACAAACAAAAAAAAUAACAAAAAUU